CAAAACAAAACUUUGCGGAAUUUUACUCCGAAUGUUUGUAAUAAUUUCGUAAGAAAAAGAAAUGUAAUGUUUGUAGUUUCUUGGUUAUUGUAAUAAAAAUAAUAGUGUUAUAUAUAAUGCUUAAGGUGUUUUGAACUCAUCAUCAAAAUUAUUAUUUUUUUAAUUGUGUAAAUUUAAUUGUGAUCGUUAUUUUGUAAAUAUUCUCAUUAAAUAUUCAUACGAUGAAUAAAAUUUCGUAUAUAACGUUUACGUUGACAGCAAGACAUUUUCUCGUACGUCCUAUGAAACAUUUCCCUAACUUAGUAUAUGUAAGAACGAUCUUUAGUCUAAAUAAGUGUUGGGAUCAAGAACUUACUAAUGAUGUGAAGAAGGAUAUUGAAAAACACUGGAGAGAUAAAAUUAACAUGUCAUAUCAUACAGAAAAGGAUGCCCAAAAGUAUUACUUACUUUCUAUGUUUCCUUACCCGUCAGGCAAUUUACACAUGGGGCAUGUUCGAGUUUAUACACUGAGUGAUGCAAUUGCUCAUUUUUUUAGAUUAAAUGGCCGAAAGGUAAUACAUCCAAUAGGCUGGGAUGCUUUUGGACUUCCAGCUGAAAAUGCUGCCAUUGAGAAAAACGUCAACCCUUUUGAAUGGACAGAAAAUAAUAUCUCUGUUAUGAAAAAGCAACUGAAGGAUUUAAAUAUAAGUUUUGAUUGGGAUAUGGAAUUAGCAACUUCUGAUCCUUGUUACUACAAGUGGACACAGCACUUAUUUCUUUUGAUGUAUGAACAAGGAUUAGCAUAUAAAAAAGAAGCUGCUGUUAACUGGGAUCCAGUUGAUCAAACUGUUUUAGCUGAUGAACAAGUUGAUGAAAAUGGUUUCUCCUGGCGUUCUGGUUGCAAAGUUGAGAAGCGCAGAUUGUCUCAAUGGUUUCUUCGUACAUCUGCAUUUUCUAAGGAUCUCUAUGAAGGCCUCAAAGAUCCAAGUUUGAUAGAAUGGAGAGAUGUUACAAAGGUACAAAAGCACUGGAUUGGAGAGCCAGAUGGCUUCAUAUUCCACUUGAAUCUUAGUUUCAAUGAUGAAGCCCUAAAUGAUUCACUCACUGUGUGGACAAGCACUCCAGAAUUAAUUUAUGGCGCUAGUUUUGUUGUAAUUUCUCCUGACAAUCAUUUUAAUGCCAAAGACUAUGGAGGAGGUCACAGCAGUGCCAAAGAUUUUCAAUUAAACAUAUUUGCCAUACAUCCUUUUACUGGUAAAAAAUUGCCUAUUUAUGUGACUACAAAUUUAGAAAGUUCUCCAACAACAGACUCAUGUUUAGGUAUUCCUGUAGCAGAGAAUAAAAGCCAUAUAGAAUUUGCACUGAAACACAACAUUGAUAUCACUGAAGUUUUUGAUUAUUCUUCUAAUGAACUGAUCAACUCUAAUGAAUUUUCAGGAUUGGAUAGGAAGUCAGCAGGUCUUGCAAUUCUAGACAAGGCAAAAACACAAAGUAUUAAGGUAUAUCAGGCCAGCAAGAAGCUGCGGGAAGAUUGGUUUGGUAUUAGCGGAAACAAUACCUAUUGCAAGUUAGCUAUUUCAAUAACUAACCUAGCAGCUGUAAUGUUUUCUCACCAAACAUAUCAGUUGGUCCCUGUACCAAAAGAAGAUCUGCCUGUACUUUUACCAAAAUUAACAGAGUUUACUGGUAAAGGUUGCUCUCUAAAAUCUGCAACUGAAUGGGUUGAAGUUUCGUGUCCUAAAUGUGGUCAGCCAGCGGCAAGAGAAACUGACACAAUGGAUACUUUUGUUGAUAGUUCAUGGUAUUUUUUGCGGUAUUUAGAUGUCAAAAAUGAAUCAGAGCCGUAUGAUCUAAAAACAGUUAGUGAUGCUAUGCCAGUUGACCUCUAUAUUGGUGGAAAAGAACAUGCUGCAUUACAUUUAUUUUAUGCUCGAUUUCUUUGCCAUUUUUUGUACUCCAUUGGAAAGCUAAAGCAUCCAGAGCCAUUUGUGCAGUUACUAAUGCAAGGCAUGGUAAUGGGAAAAUCUUACAGAGUAAAAGGCAGCGGAAAAUAUAUUCCUAAAGAAGAAGUUGAUUUUUCAGGAUCAAUUCCCACAGAAAAAUCAUCAGGUACUCCUGUCAUAGAAACAUGGGAGAAAAUGAGUAAAUCUAAACAUAAUGGAAUAAACCCUCAAGAAGUAAUUGAUGAACAUGGCAUUGAUACUACUCGGUUAUUUAUCUUAGGCAGUGUUGCUCCUGAAUCUCCAAGGAAGUGGAAUGAUGAUUUGUUUGCUGGUAUACAGAAUUGGCAGUGGAGACUUUGGUUGACCAUGGCAGAUUUUUUGGAGCAGCGGAAACUAAAAAAUUUGCAGUCCUCAUUAUCUGAAGUAGAAAUUAAAAAUUAUGAAGUUAAACUAAAUAAAGCUAGAAACUUUUAUAUUAAAGGAGUAACUCAUAACAUUAUAAACACGAAACAAUUAAGUGUUGCAAUUGCUAAACUUCAGGGACUGACAGGAGAACUCAGACGAAUACCCAAAGUUAUGGCCCAGAGUGAAGCAUUUGAAAAAACAUUUGGUACUUUGCUGAUAAUGUUGGCUCCGUUGGCUCCUCAUUUUGCAUCAGAAUUGUGGACGGCAUUCUGCAGUGUUGCAUUAGGAGGACAAAAGUGUUCUUUUGAUUUAAAUAAACCUGUGUUGCUUCAAAAAUGGCCAGAAUUUGAUGAAAAUUGUGAAAUGGAAAUUCAUAUCAAAUUAAAUGGAGAUGAAUGUGAUUCUAUAAUCCUGCCCCGAAAGGAAUUGUUGAGUUUAUCAGAAGAAAAGGCAAUUGACUUGGCAUUAAGUAGACAAAAAGUACUCGAUGUACUAAAUGGUGCUAAAGUAAAACAUGCAAGGUACAAGAAAUGGCCUAAUUAUGAUUCAGAUGUCUUCAUAGUGUAUAUACCUCAGAAGAAAGCUAAGAAACCUGCCAAGUUAACCAAAGCUGUAAAGUCUGCCUGAGUAGCAUAUUUAUUAUAUGUUCUGUUGUAAAUAAAUGUAUAUAUUGAUAGUUUUGAAAUAAUGUGUAAUUAUGUAAUUAAUAAUUUUAAUAAAAAAGUUUUUCUGA